GACUGCAUCAGUAUCUGGAUCUCCGUUAUCAUGUCAGCCAAGCUUAUCAUUUUUGCCGCCCUCGUGGCCGUGACCCUCGGCCGUCCUGAUCAACCCCCAGCUUAUGGGUAUGCCGCCCCUACACCUGCUCCAGCGCCUGCCAAGUACAACUUCAACUACGCUGUGAAGGACGACUAUUCUGGUAACGACUUCGGACACCAGGAAGCUCGCGAUGGUUAUGACACACAGGGUUCUUACUACGUGCAGCUUCCUGACGGUCGUCUGCAGAGGGUCACCUACACUGUCAACGGGGACUCUGGAUACGUGGCCGACGUCAGCUACGAGGGUGAGGCUCAAUACCCUGCCGAACAGCCUGCUUACAAUCCCGCCCCCUCAUAUGCCUAAGUGUAUUAUCUAACCUGCUUGUAAUAUAACUUAUUGUUCUUACAUGUCUUUGUAAAUCAGAAAUAAAUUCGAAACCGGUUUGA